UGUUAGUAACAGCUGCCUUUUAAUCCGCCAGCUAUGGAGGAUCAGAAAGUUAUGGAGGAUCAGAAAGUUCAGACCUGCGGUGUAUACAGGACGGAUCCAAACCUGCCGCACAGAUUCAACAACCCGGACUGUUUCCAUGGUUACGGCUCUAGGAGUCACCUUUUGUAUCGGACAACAAACCAGACGUACGGCAACAGGAAACCAUCAGUCCAUGAAAUGCCGACUGAGUAUUACGUUUUAAAUCAUAAGUUUUCGGAGGAGAUGCUGCGGGCUGGGAUGUAUCAGGAUGACGGGUUCAACACUGCUGUUGAUAGGAGCACAGAGACGGUUUCCACGGCAACCUGCCAGAAAAAAUUUCAGCUCAAUCGUUUGAAACAUGGAAACCAGAGCAGCAAACAGUAAUGAAAGCAAAAAAUAAAGAAAGCAGAUGAAAACAACUGGUUUUCUUGUCUUUAUGCAGACAGCAGGUGAGCAUGACCGCAAGCUAAAAACAAACUGGGGUCCACCAGACUGGUUCCAGCUUUGGUUUGAGGCCAGAGCC